CCAGCGAACACAAACACAUGUGCGACGGGCUCAGCAAACAAGAAGCAGUUUCGUUUUAAUCGAAAACACCGAGAUAAGAAGAGAUGACAGGUUCCUGUGGCGGUGCAGCUUCCUUUGCUCAUCUUGUUCUCCUGCUGAAGCUACACACAUGUAAGCUAGCAGAAUGAAUGGCUAGCACUUAGCACAUCCAGCAGGUUUCUUUGGGUUUGUUGCCUCCAUGUGAGUGUCUCCUGUUCCCCAACGAUGCGGUUCCCUGUGGUCAUCGUUAGCAGAAGCUGUCAAGUUGUUCACAGGCUGAAGCAAAGUAGGUUUCUGUCUCCUGCUUCCGGUCCGUGGAGACACCAGAGCUCCUCUGAAUCGAGUGAUGUCAGGAGUCACUACAUCACUACUCCCAUCUUCUACGUGAACGCUGCUCCUCACCUGGGUCACCUGUACUCCGCAGUGAUGGCGGACUGUCUGCACCGCUACAAGCUGCUGCAGGGAUUCAGCUCCAAGUUUGCGACAGGCACAGAUGAACAUGGUUUGAAAAUCCAACAAGCCGCUGAAGCUGCAGGGAAAGAUCCGCUGACCUUCUGCACCGACGUGUCGGAGAGAUUCAAACAUCUCUUCAGCAGCUGCAACAUUUCGUACACAGACUACAUCAGAACCACCGAGCAGAGACACCGUGAGGCCGUGGAGCAUUUCUGGUCGGUGCUGUGGAACAAAGGGCUCAUCUAUAAAGGACAUUACGAAGGCUGGUACUCCACACAGGAUGAAAGCUUCCUCACGCCGUCGCAGCUGGCCGACGCCGUGGACUCAUCAGGAAACCAGAUUAAAGUGUCGCUGGAGAGUGGACACAAGGUGGAGUGGAUGAAAGAAGACAACUACAUGUUCCGUCUGUCUGCGUUUCGGUCCCAGCUGCUCGACUGGCUCAGAGCAAACCCCCGAGCUGUGCAGCCUGAGUGCUUCCAGCAGCUCGUCCUCCAGUGGCUGCAGCACAACCUCCCUGACCUCUCGGUGUCCCGUCAGCGCAGCCGCCUGCAGUGGGGCAUCUCCGUCCCCGGCGACCCCGAGCAAACCAUCUACGUGUGGCUGGACGCCCUGGUGAACUACCUCACAGUAGCUGGCUAUCCACAUGAGCACCAUCAGUGGUGGAGCGUGGUCCGCCACAUCGUAGGAAAGGAUAUCUUGAAAUUUCACGCCAUCUACUGGCCGGCUUUCCUCCUCGGGGCCGGGCUGCCGCUGCCACAGACCAUACACGUGCACUCCCACUGGACAGCGGAGGGAAAGAAGAUGUCUAAAAGUUUGGGUAACGUGGUGGAUCCUCUUCAGCGCUCACAGAUGUUCACGGCUGAGGGUAUGAGGUACUUCCUCCUGCGUCAGGGUGUCCCAGACUCCGACUGCGAUUACACGGAUCUCAAAGUGUUCAAGCUUCUCAACUCGGAGCUUGCAGACUCUCUGGGUGGUCUGCUCAACCGCUGCACAGCUCCGGUCCUUAACCCAGCUCAGGUCUACCCCUCCUUCUGUCCUCAGUCCUUCCCAAGGGAACAGGGAGGCAGGGCGGUGGCUGAAGACUACCACAUGUUGGACACGGUGAGAAACCUCCCCUCUGUGGUGGAGCGGCACUACGAGAGCAUGCACGCGUACAAAGCCCUGGAGGCCAUCGCCGCUUGUGUGAGGCAGACCAACGGGUUCGUCCAGCGCCACGCACCGUGGAAGCUGGACAAGAGGGACAGUGCAGAGCAGCGCUGGCGAGACACCAUCAUCCACGUCUCCCUGGAAUGCCUGAGGGUUUAUGGCACCCUCCUGCAGCCGGUGGUGCCAGAGCUUUCUAACAAACUCCUGUCCAGGCUCGGGGUGCAACCAGGCGAGAGGAGCUGGGCCGCUCUGAACUUCUUGCCAAGGUUUCAGGGAACAGACUGUCCCUUUGAGGGCCGAGCGCUGGGACCGGACUCAGGAGUGUUGUUUAGUCGCUUGGAAAGUCCGAAUGUAGAUAAACAUGAACCCAAGAAAGCCAAAAAGGCAGCAAAAUUGAAAUGAGCCCUGUGGACUGGAUGAGUGAGCAAGAAAUUAAAAAAAAAAUCCUGUGUCACUUUAACCUUUUGUGUUUUCAUCUGUCAGGUGUUGAUUGUGCUUUAUAAACAUUCUCCUCACUAAUUAAGCCAAGGAGGAACUACACAACAGAUUCACACCACUUGAUGGAAGGGACAAGGGCCAAGUAUCCAUACAAUUUUAGAAUAAAACCGAACUAAGGGCCAGAUUCAGGAAUUUCUAUAACAUAGUUAGGUGGUGUUAUUUUAUAUUUUUGACACUUCACUGCUUUCCCAGGGAAUCAUUCAUGAACUGAUCUAUGAGGCUUGAUUGAAUUUAACUGUUGGGCUCUAUUGAGCCAAGCAAGGGUGAAAGUUGUCAACCACUACAAUGAUAAAUCUGAGGUUAAAGAAAAUAGGGCAAUAGAUCUAAAAUCUCUAUCAUGUUGGAUUAUUAUCAUUUCAGAAUCACAUCUAUUGAUUAUUGUCAUCCCAGAACUGGCGAGUCAAAUAUUCAUGCAGGUUAAAUUUGCUGUUAAAACAUCUUAAUUUAAAUUAAAGAUGUCCAACUUACUCUAAACACAACUGUAAUUCAGCAUUAGGAUCAACAGCAGCCUUUAAAAAUGGAAUAAAGUCCUUUGACCCCACUUCAGUCGCCAUGAAGAGUUUCAUUGAUCAGAAUCACACUCUACAGGCAGCAAACACAAAGUACAAGACAUAAAAAAACUGACAUGAGUUUUUAAUGAGAAAUACACGAAACUGAAAAAAUUGUACAAAUUGAAAUAAAAUAAAAAACUUGUAUUAUUUCUUAUAAUUUCUGGUAAUUUUUUACAUAGACUUCUCCAU